AUGGGCCAAGAUGCAGCUGUGCCUCAGACAACUUGGCAGAAUUCCUCCACGUCUUUGGGAAAACAGCUAUUAGAAUCACUGCUAGAUACAUACAGCCUGUACCAGACACCCAGAAACGGGACCAAUCCCCUUCUGGUGAAUAUCACUGUGGAGAUGUCAAAUGUGCUAAAUGUGGACAUCUUGGACUACACUAUCUCAUCCGUCCUGAUCUUGAAUCAGUCAUGGUACAAUAAACGGCUGGCUUGGGAUGAGGCAGAUUACCCUUUCAGCACCAUCACUGUGCCCUGGAGUUUCCUGUGGACUCCAUCUCUCACAGUUCAAGAAGCGUUUGAUGUAGCAUGGAAGACUGAAUCACCUUAUGUGGUGCUGCACAGUGAUGGGAAAGCAGAGUUUCAACUCUCUCUGCGCAUUGACAGCAACUGCAACUUUGAUCUCUUUUACUACCCACGUGAUAGAACUAACUGCACUUUAAGCUUCUUCUCUCUGGCCAGCAAAGUCAGUGAGCUGGAAUUCAAGGUCUCCAUCGAAAAUAAAAUUCUGAAUGUAAAGCGUGAAUAUCUUGUCGUGGAUAUGAAUAUCACAAGCCAAAGAAAUGGGCCACAGCCUUAUUUCAUAGUGCUGAUAAUUCUAAAAAACACAGGAAUGCGAACCAUCCUUUCUUUGAUUGUGCCGAGCAUUGCACUUGUAGUAGCUGAUCUCUGCGGCUUCCUUAUCCCCCUUGAACACAGGCUGUCAUACAUGAUCACCUUGUUACUUGCAUUCCUCGUGUUCCACUCUUCAGUUAUUGGCUCUCUACCAGCAUCAUCUUCCUGCAGUCCUCUGAUCAGUUAUUAUUAUACUGGUCUCCUGAUGUUACUAUUCCUUAGCACAAUUGAGACUAUCUUGGUGACAAAGCUGGUUGCUGACAACAUCAGUCUUUGGCAGAAUUGUAGAUUUCAAGGGAAAAAAGCUAAAAUCACCAUUACAUUGCCUAAAGAACAAAGCUGUCAUCCAGAAGAUACAAAAGAUCCUGCGAUGAGUGACUAUGGGCCCAAACAUCAGUGCUUGGAAAAGGUUUUGGCUCCUCACUGA